CCCUGAGCGAUGUCCGAAAUUUCGACUCGCACCGUGGAAAUUUAACGAGAGAGCCGGCUGCAAAAUUAUCAGUACUUCAUCGGUCCCCAUCAGGUUUCACUUUACGAUCUCUAAACGACCACUAAUUCACAAUGUCUCUGGAAGAGCAAUUCAAGACCGUCGCCGACUCCGUAAGGAACUGGAAGUCGAAGCCUUCCGAUAGCGAGAACCUCGCUCUCUACUCCCUUUACAAGCAGGCUGUCUUCGGCGAUGUAAACAUCUCUGAACCCUCCGGCAUUGUAGAGAAGGCGAAGUACAAGGCCUGGGUUGACCGCAAAGGCAUGUCCCAGGAUGACGCCAAGAAGCAGUACAUAGAAAUGGCGCAGAAGCUCCAGUCGAAAUAUGCGUAAAUUAUAGUUAGAUUCGUAAUUAUAUAUUAACGUAUUUGUUAAUUAAGUGCUUAUUUAUUUAUUUGGUUCUCAUGCAAAAUUAAAAAAAAUCAAUAUUUAA